AUGGACAGCAAGGCGAAUGUCGACGCCCGUACCGCCCUGGGUGUCCGGCCAGGAGCCCGCCCAACACCUCGCCAGCUCCCACAAAUCGAAACACUACUCCCUAAUCCUCACGACUCUCGUCCUCCUUCCCCCCACAAUAACCACGUCUCCAUCACUGUCCCGGGAUUCCAUGCCAUUGAUCGAAAUAUAUCGGCCACAUCGGCAUCGACCUCUGCAAGCCACGGGUAUGGGGAAUCAGUUGAGACUACCCCCAAACCCAAGCUGCUGCGACGGGCGACACUUUCUGGGCGCAGGUUUCAAGCUGCGGCACUUACCAACAACCGUGGGCUGUACGAGACCCAAAAACUUCUUGCACAUCUCCUCGAACGCCUAGAGAAUCGACGACGCGGCCCAGACAUCCUCGACCGCGCUGUGAUUGCCGCCAGGCUCGCCACCGGCACUCGCGCCAAGGCCAAGCGCCGUGUCGCACAGCUGGGCGAGGCGGUUGUGGCUGCGACUCGAGUUGGCAAUCCUGGCCCUUCAGUUAAUGGGUUGAACGGUGAACCUCUUGAUGAAGACCUUAUCCUGAACGAGGACGAUUGGGAUACGGACGCAACAUACGACAUGUUGGAACAGAUGCGUGACCUGCUCAACCUCGCUGAGAGGCAGGGCCUGGACCUCUUUGGCGCAUCGCAGAUUGAAGCGGCAGAAGCAGCAAGAGCGUCGUCCAAGAAGAAGAGAAUGGGAAGGCUGUCCACCGUCGCUGGUCCGAUGGGAAAGGGCCUCACCAAAGAUGAAGACAUCACUUUGGGUCCCACCGUCUCUGGACCAACACUUCUCAACCGACUCAGUGAACUGGUUUGCUCCCUUAUCACCACCGACUGCAUCUACCUUAUUCAUCGCUUUGGUCCACUUCGACCUCCCUACGCUCUUCACUCCAUGUGCCUGGAUGUUGCGGCGUUGCUGUAUCACAAAGGCGACCUGAAGGUCAAGCUCGAAAUGAUGGACGCUGGCAUUCUCGCGCUUUACACAAUGGGAGACGUCAUGCAACGGGGAGAUGGAUAUCAAGAAUCAGAAUCGGUUGAGUGGAAUGAUCCUAUAUCGCCUGCGAUUCCUACAUUUGCCUUUUCUGUGGCUCCCGGUGAUGUCAAGUCAACACCAGAAAAGCAGCACCCAGGUUGGAUGCGUUUCUCGCCCGUUUCAGCUACCUUUCCAUCCCGUCACAAGAUAUCCGGCAUUCUCUCGACACAUUCCACAGCUGGCAUGAUCACUGAGCCCGCACUGCGCAUUGCAGCUCUUGUUCCGCGCUUGCUGGUUGCUCUCACGUCAACAAUCGACCUGACAACCGCCAACCUCAUGACUAUCCACGGUGUCCAUCGCCUAACAUCUCUCAUCCUCACGGCCAAACCUGAUGCUGGUCAGGAUCUGCUCGAGAUUGUUGCCCAUGGCCCUCCUUCAACACGACGCCGAGGCAUGGACUUUUUGGCCACAUUCUUCCCCCAGGCAGUUGGACACAAUGUCAUUGCUCGCCGUCCGGCCCUAGCAACGUAUCAGGCACACCUUGCCAAGUGGGAAUCAGGUCUGGAGCGUACUCUGGCUGAGGAUGACACCGAAAACCACUAUUACAUCCCAUGGCAGGCCGACUCGUCGACCGACUACUGUAUCAGCUGCCAACAACCCUGCGCUGGAUUCAGCGUGCGGUGUACGCUCUGUAACGGCGUGAAGCAUCUCUCCUGCCUGCGUCUUCUUGGUGACGAAGUCUUCGAGUAUGACAACGUUGUCCUAAAGUCUGGGCCUGGCGAAGCGGCCACAGUAGAGAAAGUGCAUGUCCGGUUCUCACUUGCUGUCCCCCGCCUUGACGAAAAGGUUCUUGACCCUCGAGGACGAUCAACCGACGCAACCCAGCGCAAGGCUGGCCUUCACAUUCUCAAGCUCGUCAAUUUGUUCACCCUGACAUUGUGCGCCGAGUGCCGUGAGCCGCUUUGGGGAGCAACAUCACAGGCUUACGCCUGUAUGGGACCAUGUCAACGUUUCUUCCACCCCAAGUGCGCUCAUACCAUGAGUGAGACGAAUGCUUCGACUUGUCGUCCAGGCCGUGAUACCUUUGUCAACCGAACGGUCAAGGAAGGCAGUGAAAGACGCCGCGAUCCCUUCACAACAACGUCCGCAGAGGCGCUCAAGUCGUUCCAAAAGGCCAAGGGCAGGCUAUAUCGCGACCCAGAGGAGCUGGCCGACAUGUCAUUUGACGAAAUCGCUCUGCUCUACGCCAACCUCUGGAAUCAGCGUGAGAUUUGCAUCAACGGUGUCAGUGCAGGUACACUGCGCCUUGCAGACGACACUGGAGAGAUUGACCUCGCCGGCAUGUCGGAAUUGCUGCUCGAGUACGAAAAAGUCCUCGAGAAGGACCACCCUUUCUCGCCGGCCUUGGUCGACUAUGCCCAGGUUGCCAAUGAGCCUCUCGAUAACUGGCACCUUUUGUGGCGCCCGCGCUACUUGCAGUUCUGUUCUGCGCUUUUGAGAGCUCCUCCCGACCCUGCAUUCGAGCGACCUCCUGCUCCUCCGUCUCCACCAAGACUCUUGACCGUUCAUUCGGCCCCGCCGAGCCCAAACCCUUCCGAUUCGUUUGUUCCUGCUGACCCUCCAAGUCAAGCAUACGAAGAGCUCACAAUGGAAACAAUCCGCCAGGUGCUGGCCUCCGACCUCAGUGUCCGUGACGAUCUUGCGGCCUCUAUUCUCAUUGAACAAAUGAAACACUUUGGGCUGUGUUCGGUAUCCCACUGUCUUGUUGUUGGAUGUGCCGAUAUCCACAAUACGGAUCUCAACGUCGGAUUUGCCCUGCCAUUAUUAAUGGACUCGUCGCCAGCAGUGGAGCUUCUCGUGCUCGUCAUCGAACAGCUACUCGACGACAUUGACCUUACCGCCAACGAGCAGGCCUUGUCGCUGCUGUUCAACCGCGCAUGGCCCAGUUCCAUGUGUUCACCUUACGCGAUGGAGAGAUUGGGCGCUGCCGUCAUGUCCUGGAUCAUGGUCGAGGACGAUGUGCUGCACUUUAUUGUCAAGAACUUUGCGAGCAAGAGCAAGCGACCCCCCGGCGUGCGCCACACCCCCAGCUCGGCAGCAAAGGGCACCACAGCUGUCGCGUCCUACAAGGAGGACAGAAGACGGUUGCGGCAGCGCUACGCUCGUCCUUGGCUCGAGGCUCUGUACCGACAGGACCCAGACGCGUACGCCAGCUUGGCGUACGAGCGGAGCAAGAUGAUCGACAACCGCUACGAAGUUGUCGAACUAGCAAAGGGCGAGGGUGCUGCCUCCCAGAUGGCUGGAAUUGCCCUGGAACGCAUCACUUCGUUUGUUGAUGCUGAGGUCAUGUUCGAGGCGUCGCUGGAUCUUCUCACGGCAUGGCUCGAAGACCUGGGAGGAAUUGCACACAAUGACACGGCCUACAAGUCGCUACCCCGCCUGUUGCGUUACGCAAACACCAACGGAGAUUCGGAAUCUAUGGAUCUCUGGGAGCUCGCAUUGUUAACCAAUGCGGAUGGACCAGCGGGCUGGCACCGUGUUUCCCGCUGGCUCCGCGUUUUGGCGACCUCGGGUGUGGACGUCCCCUGGUCUAUCAUCAAGAGCACUGUCGAUACAGCGUUGGCAGGCGGUGCGCAAGACGAGGUUCUAUUUGACCUGGUUGUUGCCAUAGACACCAAUGUGGCCCCUGUCGAUGGAGACGAACUCGCGUCCUUGUCCAACAGGACAUUUGAGGCUCUCGCCAAGAUCGUGGGACGUCGACAGGAACCACCGUCACAGGAGUUUAUUCAGGUUAUCCGCACGAGUAUGCUUGGGAUCCUCAAGGCAUAUGGAGCAGUUUCAGACUACGUGGCCAUGACCAGCUUGCACUCUGGUGGCGACAUUGUCAAGACGCUCCCGCCGCAGUCGAGGAGGAAACAGUCGGCUACACUCGCCAAGAUUAUUCUCCUACCUCUCAGCGCCGAUGCUGUCCGAGCGGCUGCUGGAAUCUUGCAAAACCCACAGUUCCCAGCCGAAAUGGUGCUCGACUUUUUGUGGAUCCUCUUUGUCCGCUCUCCAGGUGCCGAAAAUCCCGACGGGUUCCUCCACAAGAAUGACAUGGGCGAUGUCCUAUAUGCGGUCAUCUGGCCAUUGUACUCUCGAACCGUGCACCGCCAGAGUCGCGCUCGCGUCUUCCUCAAGUUGAUGACCAUCAACCCCAUCCCGAUAAAGAACCUCGUCACGGCCAGCAUUGAUGUUGAGCCGGCUAUCACUCGUGAGCGUCUCUUGACAUUCGCCCUCGAACUGGCCGACAACCGUGUCACCUACGAGGUCAAUGGAUGGCGUCGUUCGGCGGUCCACCUUAUCAUGCUACUUUUCAGGAGUGCACUGCAACCCAGUGACCCAACCCCGGAGACCAUGGUUAUUUGGAACGCUCUUCUCCCCACUCAACUACGCGCCAUGUCCCUUUGCUUUGAGGAGUACAUUGUCUCGUGCAGUGACGAGCAGCGCCUCAAGUUCUUGGCCAGGCUGAUGAGGCUCCGAUCAUAUGUGCCAACCUGGCCCAUUAUCGGAUGGCACAUUCUCGAGGAGCUUGUCACAGAACAAGUCACCAGCAUUGAGCAGUUGGUCAAUGUCGACUCCCAACAGGCCCUGGAUGCGCUGUCAGACGCACGGGCAAAUCGCGCGUCGAUUCUCGCAUUGGGUCUCAACAUGCUCGCUGCUGGUGUGGACUGUGACUGGAUGAUAUUGCAACGGUUCCAGCGGCACGUCUCUGCCGCUGCCACUUUGCCCUGGCCAGACCCGAGCAACACUAUCACGGACAUUCUCCUCCCAGCACUCAAAACCAUGCUUGACUCGACCGCGCGAGUGGUCAUCAAGGAAGGCGGAAACAGGGAAAAGGAAAGGUCUGAGAGUAGCAUUCCAGUGCAGGGCCAACGCUCGACUCUGGUUGGAAGCUUGUUCGUUCCCGUGGUCAUCAACUACGCCAAUGUCUUGCUCAAGCACAACUUUGUCAUCCAGCGCCACAUUCUCGACAUUUUAAUGGUCGUCUUCUUCAAGCACCACGUGGAACCUCUCGAGCUGGCCGCCUUAUCCACUCUCCAGGUUUUGGCGCAGUACGCUGCCGACGAAAAGUGCGCCGAGAACCGUGUUCUGGCCCUCCAAAUCCUCCAGAUUGCCCAGUCUCACAUGGGCAAAGACCGCUUCACACGUGUGCUACCGCGACUCUUCGUGUCCAUCGCCGACAUUAUCAUGGAGGAGAGCACGUCGCCAGAUGGUGAUCCCGCUGUUGUCGACACUGGCCGUGUGUUCCUGCAAGAGUCCAUGUCCGAGUUUGGCAAGGCCGGUCUCUUCCUCCAGGUCCUCUACAUGGACGGCGAGCAGAACGACUCGCAGCGUGCCCCCGACGCCAUUGGUCGUGCAAUGCAAAUUGCCAACCGUGACGACGUCGCAAAGGGCAAGGCGCGCAAUGUGUGGCUCGACCAAGUGAUCCUUGAUCUCCACGAACUUUUGCGUUGGGGAAGACAAAAGAUUGGUCUUGUUAUGAAAUCGCUCAGCAACCUUACCAAGACUCUGGAACAUGAGCUGUCAGAGGAGAGCUCUAUCGAAUUUGGAUCUUUCCUGACCAAGCUGGCCAAGCAAGCGAGCGAGUCGUACUCGCCGGCCGACUUUGACCCGAACCCCGUGCUUCAGACGAGUCGCGCCAUGCUCAAGCUGUGUCCGUCGUCAACAGCGGUUCCGCUUUUCCACCAGAUCUCGACCUUUCUCCACUUUGCACUUUCUCGCUUCUCUGUCAAUCUUGACCAGAUCACUGCGCUCGUCCCGUUGUCUGUCCGGAUUGCCCGUCAACAUCAAACCCCAAACACCAUCGAGUCUGUAAUCUUCGAGGCUUGUGGCGAGGCAACCAACGGUGCGCCCGUAACACCAACGACUUUGAACAGCCUCUUGGCGUUCUUGGCUCGCAACACCGAUUCAAACGUCCAGGAAGCUCGUCUUAAUGUUCUGGUGGAGGCUUCGCCAGGUUGCGCAUCUGUCCUCUUCCGAACGCACCCGACCAUUACCUCUGUCCACGGUAACCCCGAGGUCACCAUGGGCCUGCUCAACAGUGCAGCAGAGGUUGUUGUUCGGGCCGAGAUGGAGUCCAAGGGUACCUUGGGUCGCGUCCUUUUGACUCUCCCUAAAGGAGCGGCUGUGAACCAGCUCGAAACGGCGUCGCACAUUCUCUAUGCGUCACUGGAUGUGCGUAUGGGUCCAUCACGCCACAACCUGGUGACGUUGUACCCGGUCUUCGCGCGGUCGACCAGUCUCGCCCUCUUUGCCUCUGCCGACCUUCUUGCCGUCCAUGACCCCAGUAAUGACGGCGCACACUUGUCAUCUGCGGCGUUUAUCGUGAUGCGUCUCGCCAUUUUGGCCAUGUACGAACCCACGCCGUACGGUCUGACCCCGAAAGAGGCCGGAAUGCCGCCCACGGCCGCCGCGCAUGCCCACGAUGCGCUCCUCUCGUAUUUCCGCCGCAUCUGGCCCGAAUGGGACCGCCUCCUCGGACUCUCCUUGGCACCGACAUGCGUCAACGUCCCCCUCCGCGCCGUCGUCCUCUCCAUGCUCCUCGACAUUAUCCUUUUCGUGUCCGCCACACACCCAAACCUCCUCACGGAGCCCGCUCCGUCUCUCGCGCGAGGCCUGCACCUCAUCGAGGAGUGGCACGCCUCACACGGCACCAACCCCAGUCCCAAACUUGCCAAAGCGGCCGCAGCACUGAACAGGUCGGCGCUGCGCUCGCGCCCGGCAGCCGAUGCCGGGCUUUCGGCCAAAACAAUCAUUUGGGCAGACAUGCUCGCUACGGAACGCCUCACAGCUCUCCGUGAAUAA